UGUAGGAAGAAAAAAAAAAUCAAUAUACUACCUCUUGGUCAAGCUCAUCGUUUACUUCUACGUUUUCUUUCAUUUCCAAAACUCAAAUCAGAGAGAGAAAAAAAUGAUUUCAUACCUUGAAAGGGUAAUAGAUUCACAUCAUGAGCUGUAACCAACAGAACAACUUUUUUUAGAAAGUUUUCUUUCUUUCAACCAGUGAGUCUUGAAAGAAUAGUAUAACAAUGCAGGAAGAAAAAAAUCAAGAAGAUUCAAUUUCUGAAUCUAAUGAACAAAAUGAAGAAACAAAGUCAAAGGGUGUUUGGAUUUGUAACAUUUUUUGCAUUCCAAUUCAUUGGUUUAAAAUGCUUUCAAGAGAAAUGCAUUGGAGUUUUGUUUUUGGAGUUGUUGUUGUUUAUGGAAUAAGUCAAGGUGUUGGUGGUGCUCUUGCUGGUGUUGGAACAAAGUAUUAUAUGAAAGAUGUUCAGAAAGUUCAACCUUCUGAAGCACAGGUUUAUGCUGGAAUCACUUCUAUUCCUUGGAUUGUUAAGCCUUUAUGGGGUCUUCUUACUGAUGUUCUUCCUAUUUUUGGAUACCGUAGAAGACCUUAUUUCAUUUUUGCUGGUUUAUUAGGAGCAAUCGCCAUGCUUUUGCUAUCUUUCCAUGAAAACCUGCAUCUUGUGUUGGCACUUUUAGCAUUAACAGCAGGGAGUGCUGGUGUUGCAAUAGCCGACGUGACCAUUGAUGCAUGUGUUGCACAGAACAGUAUCUCUCAUCCUUCCCUUGCUGCUGAUAUGCAAAGUUUAUGUGCCUUUAGUUCUUCUGUUGGAGCGCUAUUAGGAUUCUCCGUUAGUGGUAUCUUUGUUCACCUUAUAGGCCCUAUGGGAGUAUUUCGUUUGUUGACUAUUCCGGCGGGACUUGUAAUUUUGGUUGGUUUUCUACUUGACGAGCCUCGAAUGGAAAACUUCUCUUAUAGACAGGUGAACCGAAAUUUUGUGGAUGCUGGCAAGGCUAUGUGGACUACAUUGAAGAGUGAAGAUGUAUGGAGGCCUUGUUUAUACAUGUAUUUAUCCCUUGCACUAAGUUUGAAUAUCCUUGAAGGAAUGUUUUACUGGUAUACAGACUCGAAGGAGGGGCCAUCUUUCUCUCAGGAGAGUGUAGGUUUCAUAUUUUCAAUCAGUUCAGUCGGUUCUCUUCUAGGCGCAAUACUAUACCAAUAUGCGCUAAAGGAUUACGCGUUCAGAGACGUACUCUUUUGGACUCAGUUACUCUAUGGUCUAUCAGGGAUGUUUGAUCUGAUUUUAGUCUUGAGAUUGAACCUCAAAUUUGGUAUACCAGAUUACGUCUUUGUUGUGAUUGUCGAAAGCAUAGCUCAAAUGACAAAUAGACUAAAGUGGAUGCCGAUGCUUGUACUAAGUUCAAAGCUUUGUCCUUCUGGUAUUGAAGGAACAUUCUUUGCUCUAUUAAUGUCAAUCGAUAACGUUGGACUUCUAUCAUCAUCUUGGGGUGGUGGAUUAGUACUUCAUGUUCUAAAGAUCACAAGAACAAAGUUUGAUAACAUUUGGUUGGCGAUUUUGAUUCGGAACAUUUUACGACUCACUCCACUUUGUAUGCUGUUUUUGGUGCCUAGAGUUGAUCCUAACUCUUUCAUUCUUCUUCCAAAAGAAAAUGUGGAUCCAAAAGUGGAUGCUAUUGACACUUCAGAAACAAAAGAUGUUGAAUUGAUGUCCCUUGUACACAGUGUUGAUGGUAAUAUAUAAUAGCUUAGUGAAGAUACAUUCUUUUGUAUUCUUAAUUUCAUAUACAUAUUUAUUUCCAUUUUUUUUUUGUUAGGGAAAAUAUAGAGAAGAACAUGGAUGUAAUAUCAGAGGGAUUUGAAGGGGAGAGAUUAUUUAUUCAUAAAAUUUUAUAUGUAUUUUGACUAGAAUAUCUAUACAAAAUUUAGGUCAAAUUACCCAUUUUGUACUUUAAGUUUGACCAUUUUCACA